AUGGCUGACGUACCGCCUCCUUCACUGUCCGAACUUAUGCGAAUGGUAACUGAGCUACAAGAAGCUAAUCAGCGAAUGGCUGACGAGAACCAAAUAAUGGCUGCUCAAAUUGCUGAGCUAAAUCAUGCUCGGAUUGAGCACAACGAUACCCAUCGCCAACAGGCAGAAGACGAAGAACAUCAGUCCCAACCGACUCAUGUUUCAGAAACUGCUCGAUACGAAGGGCAGCAACCCGAAGACGAGAAAGAAGAGUCCGAGGACCCUGUAGGCCCCUUCACAGAAGAAGUAAUGAACUUCGAACUGCCGAAGAGGUUCACUCUACCGUUGACUCUCACGCCUUAUGAUGGACUCGGAGACCCGAGGAAGUCCAUUUCGCGCUUUCAUCAGUUGGCGAAGUUAUUUGAAGAACAUUUCGCUGGAUCUGCAAUAUACUUGCACGAUUCCGAUUACCUGAACACUAUCAAGCAAGGACCAAACGAAAGCUUAAAGGAGUAUAUGACUCGCUUUACCAAGGUCGCAAUCAGCAUACCAGAUUUCCACCCCGAGGUCCAUCUGCACGCAAUUAAAAGCGGCCUCCGACCCGGAAAGUUCCAGGAAACGAUCGCAGUAGCAAAACCAAAGAUUCUAGCAGAAUUUCGAGAGAAAGCAAAAGGACAAAUUGACAUCGAGGAGCUCAGACAAGCUCGGAAGUCUGACAAGUCACACUUCCAGGAAGAAGAUAAGAACUCAACCGUUAAGAAAAGUUUUAAACUAACACCUCGAUUUGAUUCUUAUACGCAGUUUAACACUAAGAGGGAAGACAUAAUCAAGGAGAUCUUGAACUCCAAACUAAUUAAGCCUCCAAGAAAGGCCGACACAUACCAGGAUGCAAAGAAUGUGGACAAGUCAAAGUACUGCGCUUUCCAUCAGAAACACGGCCACAAUACCGAUGAUUGUGUGGUCGCCAAAGAUCUCUUAGAACGACUAGCAUGA